AGACCUCUUGAACUUGUAAACAUAUCUGUAUAUACGAAGAAACUGUAUAACGAUCACUUCAAACCAUCGACAAGCCAGCCUACAGCGAUAUCGAACGGAGAAAACACCCACGACCUGAGCCAUCUCAACGGCUUGCUUGGCCUUCCCCAUGGCAUAGCAGCACUUUAGCCAAACACCCCCCUGCGACUUUGCGACUUUGCGACUUCAAUACGGGCUCAACGAGCUUCGAGCUACAUUCGUCAGCACAGCAGAGCAUUGCUCACCUCAGCACAAUGCCAUCUUCAAAAACCGACCCAUCUCCCUCCCGCGCGAACACCUCUCGAACGAGCAGCAUGUCCAUGAACUCUGGCCCACCCCCGACCACGCGACGCAGCCAGACUGCCGACACACGCUCGACCAUCAGCGACGGCAGCAGCAUUGGCAACGGCGACCUAGCGAACGGCGGACUGCUUUCGUCCUUCUCGUCGACGGGGCGCCACAGCAGCAACUCCGACAGCCUGCACAGUCUCGGCGAGCUGCGCGAGAAAAACGGUAUCGACAAGCUGCUGCCGCGACGGAUACGCUCGCGACGGAGACACAAGAAGGAGCAACGGGAGGCAGAAGAGGCGGCGAGGGGGAGGGCUGUUGCGGAGAGAGGGACGUUGGAGGAUAGGCCUAGGGAUAUUGAGAGGGAGGAGAUGGGGGAGGGAUCAGCGCGGACGGACGACGUUGAGGGCGAUCGUGCCAGUCUGUUGAUCUUUGAGUCGGAAGAUGAUGAAGAGUCGUCCUUCGUUGCACCACCGCUCAAGUCGCACCCGUCACACAGUGGUUACUUAACGACCUCCUCACCUCUCGUUAAAUCUUCAAAUAUACCUAACAACGCUCUUCCUGACGGACAAUCGAGUGCGACCACAUCCCCUACGAAAUCCCCUGCGCCCGCCAUCCGCCCUUCACGCCUCACGACCGCCUCCACACCAGUCCUCACAACGGCGUCCCUACAAGCUCCCCACGAGUUGAAGUCGAAGCGGUCAGCGUCUCCAGUAGGCAAACUGAGAGAAGCAUUCACACCGCGCCAGGCACCCAGUCCGAGCUCCAGUCCGGAGCGGAAAUCGAAAGCCUCCACACCAGUGCGCAAGGAGAAGGAGUCGACCACUAUUAUAAACAGGCGGGGAAGCGUCGCAGCAAGACUGGGUUCUAUCUUUCCUGACAGGCAAUCGCCGCAACAGUCGCCAGAGGUGCGAGCGUCCCCUGAGCGACUGAAGAACCCGAAAGUCCCAUACAUGAUAGAGACGAAUGGCCGACCCAGCACACCUCCCACAACUAUAGAGAAUGCUGCGCCUGCGCCGGCUAUAGUCAAUACUCCCCCGACACCAACCGAGACUGCCUCACCGCGCUUCUCCGGCUCGCCGAUCUCGACGAAUCCGAAUGUGGUGACGUCCCCGUCGGGGAACAUGAUAUCACACAGACGCAUACGCUCAGGAUCAUUAGCGAGCGGAAAUAGUAUAGGGCCGAGCAAGCUGUCGAAUAUCACGUCGGCACCUCUCACGCCAACGCCGGAGAACGGAUCUGUCACCCCUGGGAACACACAGCAGACCGGCUUCUUCUCAUCUGUCUUCUCAGCGGCGCAGAACGCAGCGAACACCUUGACCAAUAGCAUAAACACUACCCUACCGGGACAACAGAGGACAAGGAGCAAUACACAGGAAACGAUUGUCACAACACCUAUGGAUGACGUUGAGGUGGAAUCUAUAGACGACAACAGGAUAAGGAGUGAUUCGGAGGCUAAGGAGCCAGCUGUGAAGACGCUGGGCAUGGGAGAUCUCAGUCUAAGCCAUCUCGGAAUUGUCGAAUCAACUAGCGCUUCGAAUACUCCUACAGCAGCGAAGUUUAAUGAGAACCAGUUGAACAGGGGCCGUGCAGCGACAAUGGGGCCAGAAGAAACCGCACGUUCGGGCGCUGCCAGCCCCCUCCUCACAGCGGAGAAGGUGGACCUACCACCGAUGAAUGGCGAGGGGCUGGGUACAAAGCCAUGGCCUGCCUUUGAGCCUAGUGUUGCUGGUGAUCACAGCCCACAGAACGGGAGCGUGUUCGAAGGAAGGACAGGCAUAGGCAGGAGCAACAGCAUCCGCAGUGCCCUUCGGGAAUCCACACGCCGGAAACGCGGCAGUUCUGCAGCGACGGGGACGACCCUCGGAGCUGGAAUGGCGACAGGCGCAGCAGCAACGCCGAAGGUGACUGGUUUCGCCGUGGCGAGCAAGAAGCGAAACCGCGAUUUCCAUCAGCUCUUCCGUAGCGUUCCUGACGAUGACUACCUGAUCGAAGACUACAGCUGUGCUCUACAGCGCGAGAUUCUCGCACACGGUCGUCUCUACGUCUCCGAAGGCCACCUCUGCUUCAGCAGUAACAUCUUCGGAUGGGUGACAACCCUCGUAAUGAGCUUCGACGAGAUCGUCUCCGUCGAAAAGCGCAGCACAGCUCUAGUCUUCAAGAACGGACUCAUGAUCUCCACCCUACACAGCAAGAACAUCUUCGCCUCCUUCACGAGCCGCGACUCCACCUACGACCUCAUAAUCGACAUCUGGAAGCUCGGCCACCCCAGCCUGCGCUCCUCUCUGAAUGGGGUCCGCAUCGACGAGCCCGGUGGAGGGGAUAAAACCGAGAAAGACGACUGCGCGAGCGUGAGCGGUGGCUCUGGAUCCGAGUCUGAUACGACGGAAGAUGGUGUCUACGACGAGGACGACGAUGGUGACGACGCACUCAGUUUCUCCGCGCGCUCUGGUAGCUUCGCGCAGUCUGAAGGGUCGCCUGAAAAGCCCGUACCUCGCAAGGCCUCUGGAGCUGUCAAUGGCUCCGGAGCUGAGAAAAAGGAGGGAAGUCCAGUUGGCAGUGACGCGCCUGGUCCUGCAACGCAUGCCCCAACGGAGUGCUCGGACCAGGACACGCACUACGACAAAAUCCUCGCGGACGAGGUUAUCCCCGCGCCGCUAGGCAAGGUCUACAACCUCAUGUUCGGCCCGGCAUCCGCAUCAUGGAUGUCGCGUUGGCUGACGGUGGAUCAGAAGUGCACCGAGCUGUCGAUGGAGGAUAAGCGCGGUCUCACGAACGACACGAAGACGCGCACGUUCUCAUACAUCAAACCCCUGAACGGCUCGAUCGGCCCACGUCAGACAAAAUGCGUCAUCACCGAGACGCUAGACGCGCUGGAUCUCGAGAAGGCCGUUAGCAUCACGGUAUCGACGCAGACGCCGGAUGUACCGAGCGGGAAUGUAUUCACCACCAAGACGAAGUACUGUCUUUCGUGGGCUGAGGGAGGCGGGACGAGGCUGCAGAUGAAUUGUACGAUUGAGUGGACUGGGAAGAGUUGGUUACGAGUCCCCAUCGAAAAGGGCGCCAACGACGGCCAAACCGCCUACGCGCGCGACAUCCUCUCCGCCCUCCGCACCGCCAUCUCGCACCCCGCCCGCACCACCGGCGCCGCUGCCGGCGGCAAAAGACGCAAAACCCGCAAAUCCACAACUAAAACCACGCCCUCCCCCUCUCGCUCCCCUAAACCCACAGCCAAGACAGCAGACUGGGGACUCCUGGAGCCUCUCCAUGGCGUGCUGGGGCCGGUGGCGGAUGUGUUCGGGUCCAUGGGGAGCGCGAAUAUGGUGUAUGGCCUCCUGGUGGGGUUGUUGGUCGCGGCGUGGUUUGGGUUUGGUGAGAGGGGCGGGGCGAGGGGGGUGGAGAGGUGGGGGAGUGCGGAACGCAUGAUUGCUUAUGAGGAGGUUUGGAGGAGGGAGGAGAGUGAGCUUUGGGAGUGGUUGGAGGAGAGGGUUGGGAAGGGGGGAGUGGGGGGGGGAGGUGCUGGGGGAGUGGGGGGUGGGGAGAGGGAGAGGGAGGUGUCGCCGCUGGAGGGGGGGAGGGAAAUGGAUGUUGCGAUUAGGGUUACGGAGGAGAAAUUGAGGGCGUUGAAGGGGGCGGUGGAGAAGAGGAAGAGGGUGUGAGGGUGGGUGUGGAUGUGAUGGAGGGGUAACUACAUUAACGAGACUUGUAUUUUAGCGUGCGUGAUUGUUGUGUGCUGUGGGAAGAGCGGGGUGGAGGGGGAAUGUCAUAUAUGUACGGCCUGGGAUUUUGUACAGACUCUUGAUGGUGAUGUAGAGAUAGGACUCGUAGGAAUUCAAUUACGGGUCCUGGAGAUGAAUUUUGCGGUUCAGUGAUUGUUUCGAGUGGGCUAUUAUUUUAUAUUUGACUUGACAUUCAGGCAGCACCAGUAAACUCUAG